AUGCAAGCAACUGCAAUUUUCUGGUGCUCAUGCUCUUCUGUGCGCAGCUUUGGGGUGGUGAUGCUGGUGGUGAUCACGGCACACAAGGCCGUUCACAUGGCAGGCGACAUUCAGAUCAACCUCAAGCAAUGGGUGGCUCCCCUGGUGGCAUCUGGUGAUGUGGCAGCAUUCAAGAACCCUCACUUGGAUGCUCCAGGUGACUUGCUGCUGCGCCUGGCUCGCCUCGCCCUCACCUGCAUGGCCAUGCCCACGGCCUCCCGCCCCACCAUGGGCCGCGUGUUGGGCGAUCUGCUGGGAAUGAAGGAGGAGGUGGGGGUGCUGAGGCGCACAGAGCUGCAUGCCGCAUUGACAGAGAGAUUGGCAGCUCAGCGGCUCACACAGUGGACUUUGAUGCCCAGCUGGCUCGUGUGGAGCAGAUGGGAACUCAGGGCCGUUCAUCUAGUGAUGCAUGAUGUGUUGUAG